UGCAGGACGGUCAAAUUGAUACCAAUGGAGGAUCCUACUUGCCAGCCGUUUCGGGGUGGCUACCAACACUACAAACAAAUUAAUGCACGAUGUCAAGAGUCCAAACAACAUUCUUAUUUUACCAUAAAAAUAUGUUGCCGUUAGCCAAAAAUUAUUCUUUCUCUAGAUGUUUGAUGGUGUUUAAAGAUGAAAUACCAUAUAUUGUUUCUUCCACAUUUUCAGCAAUGGCAAAGAAAAGUUCCUUGUUGAAAGGUUGGUAAUCGCAAUUACGAUGACGAUUUUGAUUCUUUGAUGUUGUGCAUAGUCAUCAGUGUCAUAGAUUAUUGUUUUGUUACCAUAAAUACCAUAAAAUGGGCUCUGUGCGUGUGAUUAAUGAUGAAAAUCAUUUUCAAGCAGAAUUGCAAGGUGCUGGAACAAAACUUGUAGUUGUUGACUUUACAGUUCCUUGGUGUGCACCGUGCCAAGUUAUAGCACCGUACUUUGAUGAGUUUGCUCGAAAAUAUCCACGAGCCGUCUUCCUGAAGGUUGAUGUCGAAAAAUGCGCUGAAACGGCUGCUUCUCAGGGUGUUUCUGCUAUGCCCACAUUCAUCUUCUUCAGAAACAAGAUAAAAGUUGAUAGGUUACAAGGAGCCGAUCAUCCGGCUUUAGAAUCAAAGAUUAAGCAUCAUUAUGGAUCAGAAGAUGGCGAGGAUGUGGAUUCAGGAGUUCAAGGACAUAUGGAUUUGAGUCCUUUUUUCUCGGAAGCUCAGUGCGAGGCUUUGAACGAGGCCGACAAUCACUCGCUCAAGCAUUGCCUGUCAUCAGCUGAAGGCUUUCUCGAAUCGGAUUGCGAUGAGCAGUUGAUAAUAUCAUUGACGUUCAAGCAGAAGAUAAGGUUGCAUUCGAUCAAAAUUAAAGCGCCGAGAGACAAAGGACCGAAACACAUGAAGCUGUUCAUCAACCUGCCUCACACCCUCGACUUUGACUCGGCCGAAACUUGUAAAUCCGUACAGGAAAUCGAUUUGACUCCAGCCGACCUUGAGGGCAAUCCGAUUAAUUUGCGAUACGUGAAAUUCCAGAACGUGCACAACAUUCAGCUGUUCGUACCGAGCAACCAGGCCGACUGUGACACCACCCGAAUCGACUACUUGCAGUUCAUUGGUCAGCCCAUCCACACCACAGACAUGGUCGACUUUAAAAGAGUCGCCGGCAAGAAAGGAGAGGGCCAUUAAAGAUCUGAUCACUUCCCAUGCCACUAUCCUAACCUACGGUUUAGUUCUGGAUCCAACCCAACACCAGGUUCUGUUCUAGACCUAACCUUACAUCAGGUGUUUCCUGAACCCUAUCCAUCAUCCAUUCAACCUCAAGUCUGCGAUCUUUCUCGUCCCUGCCAACUCUCCAAAACCCUCUAGUUUUCUUAUAUGGAAUGCCUAUUUUUCAUUUAAAUUCAUCCUGAGAUUGAUAGAAAAUGGAAGAUAUGUUAUGAAUUGUUAAUAACCGUUUUGUGACUAAUCUGUAUGUAAAAAUCAACAAUCAAAUUCGGUAUCAAUGAUUUUGUUUGAUUUGGGCCCUUUGCACAGUCAAAGCUUAAACUGAAUUCAAGAAGCUGGUGGCUUAAACUCGAAAAGAACUACAUUAUAACAAACUGAUACAAUCCAGUUAAAUGAAAUUUAUUUUAACCUUCCGUUAGUCGCGCCCUACUCAAUCACACGAGCAGUCGCGUGUUGUAUUUUGUACAACAUCCAAUUUUCCAAGUGUUAUGUACUCUGUUUACUGUCAAAACAUAUUAAUUAAUUGUAUAUUACUUUUUCCAUCUUUUUGGGUUAUUUCACGCCUAUGAACAUUUGGAUGAUUACCAUUUCAUAGCCCAAUAAGGUACAUCAAGCAAAGCCAUCAAUUCUGUGUUAUUGGUUCGUUUACAGUCCCCGUAUACAGUCUUUCCCUAUCUUAUGCACAGUGCGACUUAUGCACUGUCGCGACUAAAUGGCACCUAAAAACUGAACCAUUGCUCGGUUGAUACUGCAACUCAGUGGAGUGAUGGGGGGGGGGAAAGUUUUGGAAUGCAUAGGUGACUCAUUCACUGACACCACCCCGUUCAAUAGUUUUGUGCAACAAAAUAACUGACACUGUUGUACUUUUCACAACAGCGCGACUGCCGGAAGUUUAAAAUGAAACUGUAUAAACGGCACUUGAUGGUAAAGUCUAAUCUGCUGAUUUAUAAAUUUUGCAAGUAUAAAUUGUUGACAUCAAA